CCCUCGUGCCGUGCGUUUCGCCGCUUCCGCCUCUAACGGGGAAGACGCGAUGGAGAACCAACAAGUAUGGGUCCGCGACCCUCAGGAAGGUUUCAUCAUUGGGAAAUUCGCCGACAUGGUGGACGGGGAUGCUCUGAUUGUUCCUCUGGACCCAAAGUACCCCCAACGCACUUGCCCCCUCGACGAGGUCUAUCCUGCGGGGGAGUACACCAAAGACGUGGAAGACAAUUGUGCGCUAAUGUACCUGAAUGAGGCGACCCUUCUAAACAACGUACGCGCCCGCUACUUCAAGGACAGAAUAUAUACUUACGUCGCCAACAUCCUCAUAGCUGUGAAUCCUUACUGCGAGGUCAAGGAUCUGUAUUCCCCUCGCACGAUCAAGGCUUACCAGGGGAAAUCUCUCGGAGAGACACCUCCGCACGUUUUCGCCAUCGCGGACAAGGCUUUCAGGGACAUGAAGGUCCUGAAGCAGUCGCAGAGCAUCAUCGUUUCUGGGGAAUCCGGUGCCGGGAAGACCGAGUCGACCAAGUAUUUAUUGCGGUACCUCUGCGAUUUAUGGGGAUCCACGGCAGGCCCGAUCGAACAGAAGAUCCUCGAUGCUAACCCCGUGCUGGAGGCCUUCGGAAAUGCCAAAACGAAGCGGAAUAACAACAGUUCUCGUUUCGGGAAAUUCAUGGAGGUGCACUUUGACGCAAAGUGCCAGGUUGUCGGAGGCUACAUCUCGCAUUACCUUCUGGAGAAGUCCAGAGUGUGUCUGCAGAGUCCUGACGAGAGGAACUACCACGUAUUCUACAUGAUGUGCGCCGGGGCACCGCCGGAGCUGCGAGCGAAGCUCGGCAUCACGAAGCCGGAUGACUUCAAUUACUUGAAGAAUGGCUGUACCCAGUAUUUUUGUAACGCAACCUCCGAGAAGAAGCUAAACGAUGCCCAGAAGAGUCGGGAGCAAGUGACAAUCGGCAGUCUUCAUGACCCCAUCCUUGACGACGUGGAAGGCUUCAACGCCAUCGAUCAGGCAUUAACUCGUCUCGGGCUUUCGGAUUCUGAGCGCAUGGAGAUUUACACGAUGGUAGCUGCCGUUCUUCAUCUCGGUAACAUCACCUUCGAGGACAAUCCCGAGGACACUAAAGGUGGAUCCAGAUUGACGGCGAGCUCUUCCAAGGCUCUGACGAUGUCGGCCAGAUUGCUCGGGGUCGAUCCUGAAGAGUUGAGGCAGGCUUUGGUAUCCAAGGUCAUGCAAACCAGUCGCGGUGGAAUUAAGGGAACUGUAAUCAUGGUACCUCUUAAGGUCUACGAGGCGAACAAUGCCAGGGAUGCUCUAGCAAAGGCUAUUUACAGCAAGCUCUUCGAUCAUAUCGUCGCUCGCAUCAAUAAGAGCAUCCCCUUCCAGGCAUCGAGUUACUAUAUCGGAGUGCUCGAUAUAGCCGGAUUUGAAUACUUUAAGGUGAACAGCUUCGAGCAAUUCUGCAUAAAUUACUGCAACGAGAAGCUGCAGCAAUUCUUCAAUGAGAGGAUCCUCAAGUACGAGCAGGACCUCUACGCCAGGGAAUCCUUGAACGUGCCUAAAAUCUCAUACGUUGACAACCAGGAUUGCAUCGAUCUCAUUGAAGCAAAGAAUAUUGGAAUCUUCAGCCUACUGGACGAAGAGUCGAAACUUCCUACUCACAGUUUCGCGCACUUCACCAGUGAAGUUCAUAGAGCUUGGAAUGGUCACUUUAGAAUUAGCUUGCCGCGUUCUUCUCGUCUGAAAGCACAUAGGGAACUCAGAGACGACGAAGGCUUCGUUAUCAGACAUUAUGCUGGUGGAGUUUGCUAUCAGACUAACCAAUUUGUGGAGAAGAACAACGAUGCUCUGCAUGGAUCCCUGGAGGCUCUGAUCCAGGAGAGCAGCAACAAGUUCCUGAGGACCCAAUUUGCCACGCAAUCUUGUCAAAAAGGAAAACUGGCUUUUAUAAGUGUUGGUAGCAAGUUUAAGAGCCAAUUGGGCGAGCUUAUGGACAAGUUGAAGAGCAACGGAACAAACUUCGUUCGUUGUAUCAAGCCUAACAAUGAGAUGGUGGCUCAUCGAUUCGAUGGUAAUAGCAUCCUUGGCCAAUUACGUUGUUCAGGAAUGACUUCCGUUUUGGAACUUAUGGAACAUGGAUACCCAAGUCGAGUUCCGUUCCAGGAGCUGUACAAUAUGUACAAAUCUUAUUUACCACCUGAACUAGCCAAGUUGGAGCCCAGAUUUUUCUGCGAGGCAUUAUUGCACAGCCUCAAACUGAACAAAAAGGACUUUAAAUUUGGUAUUACCAGAGUCUUCUUCAAGCCUGGUAAAUUUGCAGAAUUUGAUAAAAUUAUGAAGUCCGAUCCAGAGAACUUAAAGAAGCUUGUAGCCAAUGUUAAGAAAUGGCUUUUGAAAUCCAGAUGGAACAAGAUGCAAUUCUGCGCGUUGUCUGUCAUUAAGUUAAAAAACAAGAUUAUCUACCGACGUCAUCAUCUAAUUGUCAUUCAAAAGACUGCACGCAUGUACAUCGCUAAGAAACAACACCAACCGCGAAUCAAGGGCAUAGUGAAGAUUAGAACCCUUAAAAAUCAACUUAUAAGGUUGCAAGAAAUUUCAAAUCAGUUGAAAAGUGCCAGAGAAAAGAGUGUAAACGAAGUUAAGAAACUACAGUCUGAAUUGGAACAAGCAAUUCAGAAAAUCAAGAACAACCCGCGAAUAAAGUCCCAAGAGAUCGACACGAUGUACAACAAGCUUGUGGAAGCCGUCAAUCGCCAGAUGGGAACCCUUCAAGACAUGGUAAAGCAACAAAAGAUAGCCGAAGAGCAAGAACGACUGAAAAAGAUACAAUGUGAGCUGGAAACGGAAAAAAGAAGAAAGGAGGAUGAGGAGCGGAAGAAAAGGGAAGACGAAGACAACAGAAGAAAGAAAGCAGACAUCGAGUCGCGAAGAAAAGCCGAAGAGGAACAGAGGUUGCGACAGGAGGAAGAAGACAAAAAGACCGCCGCGGCUCUUCAAGCACAAUUGGAGAAGGAAGCUGCAGAAGAGAGUCACUAUCGAGAACUGCUGGAACAAGAAAGAAGAGACCACGAAUUGGCGGUCAGACUUGCUCAGGAGUCGAAUGGCCAAGUAGAAGAUUCGCCGCCGUUCGUGCGAAGCGGUUCGGAUGUACGGGUACCAUCGACGAACAACAACAGGCUCAUAAGAUCGGAGCAGGUUCGCAAUCAUCAGGCCGCGAUGUCAAAUAAGAAGUACGACCUCUCGAAGUGGAAAUACUCGGAGCUUCGGGAUGCAAUAAACACAUCCUGUGACAUCGAGCUUCUCGAGGCUUGCCGACACGAGUUCCAUCGUCGAUUGAAGGUGUACCACGCGUGGAAGGCGAGGAACCGCAAAAGGACCACCAUGGAUGAAAACGAACGUGCUCCGAAAUCUAUCAUGGAGGCAGCAGCCAAGACACCUCAUACUCCGAUAAAAAGUCCGAUCGUUGAGUCGUCUCAAAGAUACUUCCGAAUCCCGUUCGUACGCCCAGCAGCUUCUGGUCAGCCGGAAGGUCCCAAUGGUGGUGGUAAAAGGGGCUGGUGGUAUGCCCAUUUCGAUGGGCAAUACGUUGCCAGGCAAAUGGAGCUUCAUCCUGACAAGCCACCGAUUCUUCUAGUUGCCGGUAUAGACGACAUGCAAAUGUGCGAGCUAAGCUUAACCGAGACUGGACUAACGAGAAAACGUGGCGCAGAGAUUUUGGAGCACGAGUUCAACCGCGAAUGGGAACGCCAUGGUGGCAAGCCAUACAUGACCCCAAGUGACCGUCGAGCUCGCGCGAAAUGAAGAUGACUGCCAGGGUUAGUCGUUCGCGUCCACGACAUUCGCGCGAAUGUCAAAAGACAGAGUAUAAUUAGUCUCCAAGCCGAGACACGCCGGGGUUCCCGAGGAACCGGGAAGAAAGGAGAGCACGGACAAUAACGCAUUUCGCCUGGAAGAGAGACUAGAAGGCCCUACUUCCGGGAACGGAUUUCCUCAAGAGGAAGGCCACUUCCCGGAGUAAAUCGGGAGGUCUUCGGAAUUUCGGCCGCUUAUUGCAUAACGGUUACAUAUCAUUACCGGGACUCUUUACCACUGCUGGGGCUACGUAAGUCGUUCGUAUUAGGAAGCGUUCCUCUCCGAGGUGUGAUAAGAAAAAGAAGAAAUAUUCCCCCGAAAGUGCCUUAUAUCUAAGCAUUCCUCGACAAGGUGUUCGCGUCGAGCUCGUGUCCUUGUUGGGACGCUAUGGAGCAUUCCUCGCAAAUAAUAGCCCGUUCGGAUAGACAGAGAUCCUCCUUCCGGGCCUUUAUUUGCCGCGAGUAAAAUAAAGUCAGUCCCCAGGAUUUCGGGAAACACCGUUCGGUUUAUUCGGCACUGGAUGUCCACGUCACCGUUUCCCUAAGUACAACUCAAGUUAUGCAAGCAAUCUGCGUCCUUAACUCGGCAUUAACCAAACGACGCAUCUACGCUGUUUACACCUUAUAUAGGCAGGCUAAUAUAUGUUAAUAAAAAGAAGAUGAAAAUAAAAUAGCGCACAGUU